AUGUCAAAAGAUCAUUCCCAAACGAACCAUCUCAAUAAUUUCAUUCAAACGAAUUUUGAGAGCUCUGGUGAAUUCAUAAUCACUCAACCCACCUCCGAGAAUGAUAUUAAAAUUAUUCAGUCGGAGAAUAACUUGUACAAUUACAUUCCGAUCUAUGGAAUGGAAAAACAACACAAUGAUGAUCCAGCUAGAUUUGUAAGAUUUGUUGUGUUGAGCGAUACUCAUCUAUUUCAUGAUCGUUAUAAUUAUUGGUAUGAUGAGGAAGAUGGUGAAAUGAAUAAUGAACGUUUGGAAAAUGGUUUAAAACGAAGAGAUAGUUUUGAAAAAAAGGCAAACGAAAAUACCAAAAGUGAAGAUCAAUUGAUAAAGUUACCGAAAGGAGAUUAUUUGAUACAUUGUGGAGACUUUUCAAAUUUUUGUUUACCGAAUGAAAUUAUAAAAUUUAAUAAUUUUCUUGGAAAGAUUAAGCAUCGCUACAAAGCGAUCAUUGUCAUUCCUGGAAAUCAUGAAUUUUACGCCGACUUUGCAGGCCUCCUUCUCACCAAUGUGACUCAUUAUUUAAAGAAUGAUUUUCUUGAACUGGAGGAUGGAAAAAUUAAAUUAUUUGGCUCACGAUUUAAACCUUACUGGACGAGUUGGUUAAUGACUGGUCGUGAUCGAGAGGCACAAACUGAUUGGUCAUGUCUUACCAAACCAUGGACUGAACAUUCUUUGGAAAUUUCGAACAGUUCCUCUACAACCAAUCCUUUGGACAUUCUCAUUACACAUCAACCUCCAAAUUUCAAAGAUGAAAUUUCACGUCGAUUUUUCAGACGAGGAAGUGAUUCUUUGGCUGAAGCUGUAAAAAUUGUCAAACCUUGUGUGCAUCUCUUUGGACAUAAUCAUGAUGUGUAUGGAGCGAAAUAUUCACAUGAGUUCAAUAUUGGUAAAGAAAUUGGAAAUACGACAUUUAUUAGUGCAUGUUCGAUUGAUAGUCAUGACGUGAUGCGAAAAGUCAUUGUCUUUGAUUACAAGAUUCAAAAUUAA